AUGGCGGCUUUCAACUCCAUGCCGACUGGCGAUGGUCUACAUGGACUGAGCCAUGGCCCGACUGGUCAGCUUGACCAGUCACUCCCGCGCUUCGAACAGGACAUCAAUUUUGAAGACCCCUUACUUGAUGGAAGCGCGUUUGGACAACUCCCGUUCACCCCCUCAUACGAUUUCGACGGCUUAACAGCCACCUUUGAAGACCCAUUCUCAUAUUCAGCGAGACCGUUCGAAGCGCCAUCGACCCACCAGGAUAACCUCAAUGAUGGUUCUUCUCCGCAGGAACUGGACAAUAAGCUCCUAGGAUUCUCAGACCCCAUUACUGUUACGACACUAGUAGAUGAAAUGGGAAACGUAUGCGACGUCGGGAUGACGGCCGAGCUAUAUGGAAUGUUUUUUGUUGCCGAAGACGUCUUUGGCGCCGAUACUACUGGCCGGCCGCUUGAGUUGACAUGCUAUCGUCGUAACCUCUGGCAGUGCACGGGUCAGAUCACACUUCCUCGGAUGGCAUCAGUGGUGGACGACCAGGGCCGCCGUCUACCCCUAGUUGAGCUAUCUGCUUCCAUCACUGCAAUAGAGUCCAUCGAGAAGAAGGCGACGGAGAUCAUAUCAAUUCCCUGGAAGAGCUCCAACCCCCAAGCCAGCGAGGAGCCGAAGACGGCAGGCCCCCCUUUACAUAUCACACUUGAUUCAUCCACUGGGCAUGAAGUUGACGCCAAUCGAACCACCAUUUCGGUAGCAUGGAAGAGGCUGCAAUUCAAGCAUGCAACUGCGAAUAAUGGAAGGAGAAAGGGGCUGCAGCAACACUAUGUCGUGCAAAUUAAUUUAGUUGGCCGAACCAAAGCUGGAGACACAAUCAAAAUUGCCGAGAUACGAUCAGGACCCGUCAUUGUUCGCGGCCGCAGUCCGAGGAACUUCGACAGCAGGAAGGAUGUGCCAUUGACAGGAGAUCGCAAGUUUGAACGGCGAAACACCUCGGGUUCGACUGAUCAUCCAACAAUCAAGAGCGAGCGAGAGAAUUUGCUCUGCCAGACAUUCCAAACAAAUAUUCCAGCCAAUUAUAUUGACACAGGAUCUUAUCCUAUGCAGACAUCGCAGACACCGUCCGAUCAAGGAAGCGAAUGGGCUACGCCACAGGCAUAUACUCAGCCGGGGCAAGGGCCACAUCCAUCUAAACGUCAAGCCAUCUCUCCAACCAUGGCAAAGCCCCCUGUUCCAGGAUGGGAUGCCCAAUUGGCAAAAUCCAACACCAACCUGUCAUCAAAGGGCGUACCCCGACAAAUGCCUUCAGCUCCCAUCAAUCUAUCACUAUCCGAAGAUGAGAGAAGCCCGAACCGAUCCAGCGCUGAAAUCUCAAGCCCCCGGGGCAAGACACAGCAAGUCUCUGGCCUAGUGUCUGGGAGCAGCCCCCCAGAAGAGGGUGAUCCGCUCUACGAAUACUUCCCUUUGAGCGUCGAUGACUGGAUGCCCCCAGUCGAUGCUGUCUACCGACCUCAUGUGGUACACCACACCGUUGUGCCUCCGGAGAUCAAAGCCCAACAAAUCCGACGAAAGGCAAAGCGUUACUUUGCUGCCGACUGA